CAACGAGGAACACAAGCGGAUCAUAAAUAAAGCCGUGUGCAGUGAUUUUCGAAACAAAUUUCUCGUUUCUACGGCUGUAAACUUGUACAAAAAACCGACAAAAUGCCACGAAAUCCAUACCCGUUUCCACGCUUAGAAAACGACGACAAUUUUGUAAAAGGCAACGAGAAAAAGGUGAGUCAGAUGUAACAAAUUUGGAAUUAAAUUUGUGUCAAUUAGAACAAUUUAAAGUUACCUUAAUCUGCCUACUUUUAGAGCAGUUGAAUUUUAAACAACUUGAUUAUAAUCAGCAAUUUUGAUAAACGAAUCUACUUUAUGAUUAUAAAUCAACUGGGUCCUGUUGUGAAUUUAGUACAAAUAAGUGCUAUGAUACAUGUAUUUAUAAACAGCCGGCUGAUCGAGGCAUGUUAAACUGACAUCUAUUAAAAAUGCUUGGUCCAUUUCUCUAACUCCUGAUAAUUUUACACUGAAAAAGCAUCAAGACUGUUUAACUCAUUGAGGGCCAAUGCUCUCCCGUUGACAGGUAAAAUGGUCUGGCAAUAUACAAACAGAGUGAUAUAGUAACGCACGACAUAUCAUGCAUAUAUAUAUAUAUAUAUAUAUAUAUAUAUAUAUAUAUAAUCUAGCUUUAUUUACUCACAACCCACUAAGCUGCUUGUAAUAAACAAUAUAGCUACAAUAUAUUAAUUAAUUGUGUAUUUGUUUUAUUUAUAAAUUACCAGCCUUGCAAACACUCUCAGAAAUUUGGUGAGAACACGGGCAGCGGAGACCAGUGGAACCGUUUGUUUAGAACCGAAACCUUGUCCAGUAAACGACGAGAAGUCUUACAUUUUGAUCCACAGGUAUUCAAUCGCUAUACAUUUUAAAAAUCUGGCUUGACCUUAAUUAUCAUGUUGGAGGCCACCAAUACUGGGCACUGCCCCCCCCCCCCUCCCUGUCAGCAUAACCAGCAUCCAACUCUGACUGGCUCAGGCCAUGCUGCAUUAUUGAUACCUCCAGGUUUUGCCCAGAAGUGCCCAAAGCAGAUAAGCCAUUCAUGUAUGUGGCACCAAUGAUUUGUUGAAAUGUGAAAUGUUUAUUUCAAUACAGGCACCAAAUGACAGUCUUGAUUUUGUUAUUAAAUCAACGUAUAAUCACCAUGGCGAAUUCCUCAGCUCCCAAGCAGAAACUCUUGUCCAACCAGAAACCAAAAAUUAUCCUCAUGGGUGAGUGCCCAAGUAGUUGUAUAAUUUGGUGCUAGAUGGUGUUAAUUAUUGUGUUGUUUUUUUGUAUAUUAUUGUAUUGUAAUUUAUUGUAAUAAUUGUAUUAUUGUUAUUCAUUGUGAAUAUCAAAACAUUGUUCAUUUCUAGACGUGUAUUAAAAAACCGCCCUCCACCAGCCGGGCCAAAGAUAGACCUCAACAAACUUCCACUACGAAUUUCGUCUUCAAACAAGAGAGAAAGUGUCCAUUCUGUCACUGGAGCAAUAGGUAGGAUUCACAUAUCGUACAUGCUCUCAGUCUGAAAGGUGGCUGGUGUACUACUUUGCAAAUAAAGAAUUGAAUUAACAAGUUUCCCCGUUUGUACAUUUGCAGAAAGUCAUCACAGCGCUGCAACAAAUCGUGGCUAUUCAAGAAAACAUGAUGGCGGGUUCUAUGCUUGUUGACAGGCUGCUUUAUAAUGCUGAUUUCCUCUGAAAAAUCAAACAAUCAUACAUUAUGUUAUUCUACAUUAUAGGACCAUACAUAUUAUAACCUAUUUGACCAGUUUUCAAUCUAUCAUUACAUCUUUAUAUCAUUAAUGGUAUUUGAUAAUUUGCUAAAUAUUUUUUAGCUUUUUUCAAUUGCCAAUAUUUUGAGACAUUCAACAAUCCUGCGUCUUCACCAUUACUAUUUUAAAAUGGACAUGACUUCUUGCAAGUUUUAUGUUUAAAAGAUGUAAAUUUUGUAUUUCACUUCCGACAAUAUAAAAAUGACGAUCUGAA